AUGCCUGGAAUUCUCCUCCUUGUUUUUUUUUGGGGACUCAUUCUUUCUGUGAUUUACUUUCUUCAUUCUCAUCUUUUUGUUUGUUUAGACUCAUUCUUUCUUCUUCCUUUUUUUCAUUUUUUGACUCAUUCUCUCUUUUUUAUUCUUCUUCAUUUAUUUUUCGUGUUUAGAUUUUUCCUUUCUUUUGUAUUCUUCUUUAUUUUCUUUCAUUUUCGUUUUGACACUUUCUUUUUUCAUUGUCCUUUCAAUAAUUCUUUUUUUUUAUACGGCUUUCACUAUUCUCCUUCUUAUUUGGUGGACUUAUUUUUUCUUUUCUCUUAUUCUUUCAUUAUUCUCCUUCUUUUUGAACUCAUUCUUUCUUUCGUAUUGUCCUUUUUUUCUUUCUUUCAUUUUCUCACUCCUUCUUUAUUCUGCUUCCUUCCAUCUAUUUGUCCUUUUAGGAAUUUAUUCUCUCUUUCUUUCUUCCUUUCUGUCUUUUUUACUUUUUUCUUUGUCUUCUUCAUCUUUUUUCAUCAUUCUAUCGAUUCUUCUUUAUUUUUUAUUUUAAACAGAUUUCUCGUUCUUUUUUCUUGUUGUUCUUCUUGUCCUUUUCUUCUUCUUCAUUUCUUCUUGUUUUUUUUUUCUUCUUGUCCUUUUUCUUGUUGUUGCUGUUCUUUUCUUCUUCUUUUCUUCAUUUUGUUAUUCUUCUUCUUGUCCUUUUCCUCUCCUUGUUCUUUUCUUUUUUUUUUUUCUUCUUUUCUUCUUAUUUUUCUUCUUCUUCAUGUCCUUUUCUUCUUCUUGGUGUCCUUUUCUUCUUUUUCUUUUUGCCUAAUUGUUUACCCUUCUAAAUCGUAUUUCCUUCUCUUUACACAUUUUUUACUCAUUAUCAAAUCUAUCUAUCUAUCUAUCUAUCUAUCUAUCUAUAUAUAUAUCUUUGGUGAUCUAUCUAUCUAUGACUGUUCAUAUCUAUCUAUCUAUCUAUCUAUCUAUCUAUCUAUCUAUCUAUCUAUCUUUGGCGGCUUAGCACAGAUAUGGCACAAAAGCCGACAACAUGGGACAUCAAGUGAUCUAUCUAUCUAUGACUGUUCAUAUCUAUCUAUCUAUCUAUCUAUCUAUCUAUCUAUCUAUCUAUCUAUCUAUCUAUCUAUCUUUGGUGAUCUAUCUAUCUAUGACUGUUCAUAUCAUAUCUAUCUAUCUAUCUAUCUAUCUAUCUAUCUAUCUAUCUUUGACAAGCCUGCUAACGCUUCUGCCAUGUCGAUUGAUCUAUCUAUCUAUGACUGUUCAUAUCUAUCUAUCUAUCUAUCUAUCUAUCUAUCUAUCUAUCUAUCUAUCUAUCUAUCUAUCUUUGGCAAACGCUUCUGCCAUGUCGAGGUGAUCUAUCUAUCUAUGACUGUUCAUAUCUAUUAUCUAUUUAUCUAUAUCUAUCUAUCAUCUAUCUAUCUAUCUAUCUUUGCUUCUGCCAUGGAGGUAAUCUAUCUAUCUAUUGAAUCUAUCUAUCUAUCUAUCUAUCUAUCUAAACUAUCUUUGGUGACUUAG